CUUUGUGCCAUACCACUACGCUAAAGUCGUCAAGAGCUCAAAAUGUCGUCCGAAGUUAUCAACCAGGUUGCCAUUCUUACAGCCAAGCCAGAAAUGCUUGAUGAACUCGUUGGCGAAUUAGCCAAUAUUACCCGGGGGUGCAAGAGAAUGAGCCUGAGACUAUUCUAUACUAUGCCUUCUCUAUUGCUCAUGCAAAUGAAAUACGCAAACCAGGCCGCAUUGGAAAGACAUCGCGCUGCUCCUUACUUUCAGGAACUCAUUAGGAAGGCCCCAACUUUGUUGGCGAAACCUUUGGAGCUCAAGGCCGGCAGACACUUGUUCCAGACUCUGCACAAGUCAUGCGCCUAUGAUCUGCUAUGAGAAUGUCUAUCUCUUGCUGAUCACUUUCUCUUUUUGAAUAUUUUGUCGAUUUGUGUCUUGUACGUAAGUGUAAGUGUGCCUCAACUAGACACAAUACC